CUCGGUGGUGGAGGUGGAGCCAGACCUACACCUUCUUUCAGCAUUACAGCUUUAAAAGGCUGGGUGGCUCCCUCCUCAUUAGAUUCACUUCAACAAACUCAGUCAACCCACUUCCCUCUUCACUUUCAACCAGCGUAUGGAGAUGGAGGAAAAUAUGGAAAGCCAGAAGAGAAGAGGAACAAGCACAGAAAACAUAAUAUCUGAACGGACAGGGUCUUUGGGAUGCAUUGGUUGGUUAAUAGUCAUACUCUCCGGCAUCUUCGCAAUUGUCCUCUUCCCCUUCACAGUCUGGUUUUGUGUGAAGAUUGUGCAAGAGUAUGAGCGCGCUGUCAUCUUCAGGCUAGGACGCAUUACAGACAAGAGGGCUAAAGGACCAGGAAUUUUCUUUAUUUUGCCAUGCACUGAUUCCUUUGUGAAAGUGGAUCUUCGAACAGUGUCAUUUGACAUCCCACCACAAGAGAUCCUGACCAAGGACUCAGUUACAGUCAGUGUGGACGGAGUGGUGUACUUCCAGGUCAGCGACCCCAUCGCCUCUGUGGCCAACGUGUCUAAUGCUGACUUUUCCACGCGGCUGCUGGCUCAAACCACCCUCAGAAAUGUCCUGGGCACCAAGAACCUGGCUGAGCUCUUAUCUGAUCGUGAGGGCAUUGCUCACAGCAUGCAGACCAGCCUGGAUGAAGCCACAGACAGGUGGGGCAUCAAGGUGGAGCGUGUGGAGAUUAAAGAUGUGAAGCUGCCACAUCAGCUGCAGAGAGCCAUGGCUGCAGAAGCAGAGGCUGCAAGAGAGGCCAGAGCCAAGGUGAUCGCAGCAGAGGGUGAGAUGAAUGCAUCUCGUGCCCUGAAGGAGGCGUCCCUCGUGAUCGCAGAGUCCCCGUCGGCCCUGCAGCUCCGCUACCUGCAGACUCUCAACACCAUAGCAGCAGAGAAGAACUCCACCAUCAUCUUCCCCCUGCCCAUGGAUGUCAUGGCUCACUUCAUGCGGAAGUGAUUCCUCGGCACCGUCCUGUAAAGUCACUGCUAAAUGUAACGAGAGUCGGGUGGGGUCAGGGUACAUGUCUGUGGCCCCUCGUAAAGCACAACGCCACAAUGAAAGAUAAUGCUGUUGUUGUACGGUGGACGUCUUUUCAGACUGAUCACAGGAACACCUCUAUGUAUAUAUGUACAGUCAAGCUGGGAUCAGGCAACGCCUGCUGACCUAAAAUUUGUGAUGAAACUGAGAUUAUACAUUAUAAUGUUAAAAACAUGUAAUAAAUAACAUUUCAUUUACGAUACUGUAACGCUGAUCACUUGCAUACUUUGAUAUAUUAGAUGUAAACUAACCGGUGAAGUUUUAUUAAUAAAGAUUACAAAGCUU